AGUUGCCAAAUGAGCUACUGUGGCCUGUUGUGUGUGCGUGUGGUCUGGUGUGGCAUGUUGUGCUGGCCACGUGUCACAUGCGAGGAGUCACACGGGCGGUUUCUGACGAGCGAUAGUGUGUCGCCAUGAUGGAUGGCUCGGAGGAGGAUGAUCCGUCGGGCCAGACCUCAGCAUCUGGCACUAUGAUUAGCAAGGUGAGAGGGCACCAACGGGGCGGAAGAUGACCGGCGAUUGAAAACAGGUUUGCUGCUGUGGUGUGUGUGGUUCGGUGCAGUUGUGUGCUGACGCUAGGGUGGUGCGCGAUGGCCUUCAGCGGCUGCAGAGGGACGCACGGCAGAGCUGUGAGGCAUUCCAACGAGAGGGCGACGUUCCUGCAGACUCGGUGGCGACGCUCCUGUCCCUCUCGGCUGCGUCCGCUCACGCGUCGGCUGCCGAGUCCUCCAUUAGUGCGAUGGUGGAUGCCCUCAACAGAGCGGCGGCGUCACUCCCCCAUCAGCCAGCGGAGGACAUCGGUGCGUCUGCUGCCGCCGCCGCUGCUGUGGCCAUGGAGGCGGCAUCUGAAGAGCCCGGUGCUGAGGUAUGGUGGACUGAAGAGGGAUGAGUGCAGGGCGGUGUAUGGCAUUUGUGAGUUGUUCCUAUGUUGCUGGCCGGUGCAGAGUAGUAUGGUAGAGGAGGAGGCUGCCCGGACGCCAUCGUUUCGCCUGACCCACACGUCGGGGAGACCGCCGACCAACGAUGGACCGGUGAGAGCAAGACAGGGAAGACCACUGAAAAACAUGACCUGGUGCGACCUCUGUCUCUGGAUGUGGUUUGUGCAGCCCGCCCGUCGCCUCUCUCGCGAUGAGCUGUCGGGUGUGUUCGGCUUCUACCAGCCAUGGGAGCUGACCCCCGUCGCCCCCACGAUCGGCAAGACCCUUGUCGGCUGGGCGGCCCAGCAGUACACCCACCUGACCAUCGACGGGUCAGAGAGGGGCGGCGUGCAUCAGCUGUGGGAGGGCAUGCCGCUGGAGGUGGCAUACCGGUGGGGCCGACGUGCCACCAACCUGGCCCACCUGCACCUCAUAUAUCCUCGGGCUGCCAGCCUUUGGUGUCGUGGGAUUUGGGUGGCGAUUCUCGAGGGCAAUGCAGCGGCUAGGAAGGCCACGAGGGAGAGGAGGGAGGAGGGGCAAGCCGAGGACGGGGCAGCGGCAGCGGCAGCAGCGGGGGCGUCCAGACAGGACGGCCCAUCCGCCGCCUCAUCCAUCAAGGUCCUCAGCUUCGAGAAAGCCGUCGACGGAGAGCCGUAUGCUGAGCUCAACGACGUCUCUGCCGACCCCCUGCCCCCCUUUCCCUCUCCCGUCGACCUGUCGGCCCUCGAGGAGGUCCAUCGCAUGCCUCACGGCUGUGCGGCCGUGCGCACGGGCGGUCGCGUGUGGCACACGCCAUUAGUGCGGGUCAUGACAUUCGAGUCGGACGACGGUGAUGAUGAAGUGGAGGCGGCGAAGGAGUGGAUGACGUCAUGCGAGCAUCUGGAGGUAUUCGACGAUGGCAAUUCGUCGACCGUCGACAAGGUGCAGCUGCUGUCCGUGCCGCCCCCCGGCACUUCCCUCGCCCGCCUGCAGUCCAUCGGCACCCUCGGCAAACAUGGAUGGGAUUUGUAUGAGGGGAAUGCCGAUGCCAUGCGGGAUGUGCUGGCCAGCAUGCGGGAGGCCCUUGUGAAGCGGGGCCCUCGGCAAACAUGGAUGGGAUUUGUAUGAGGGGAAUGCCGAUGCCAUGCGGGAUGCGCUGGCCGCCUUGCAGCUGGCCCUCUUGGAGCGGGGAUGUCGCAGGUCCCUCAGCGAGCUGCCCAUCGCGGUCGAGGGGAAGAUCACGACCGGGCACAAGGGGGUGUUGCGUGAGCUGGCACGGCUAUCGGAGGCAGUGCUGCAGCCACAAGCCCUCGACAAGCCGCAGUUCAAGAUAGAACGCGAGGGCGAGAUGGAGCUGGAGCUCAUCGAGUGGAUGGCCAAUGAGAGCUCUCAGGUAGCAGACACACCAUAGAUGGCUGCACAUUUAUCCAAUCACAACACAAUCGUUGUCCCCAAUGUGGUCUCUUUGCAGGUUCAGAAGCUCGUUCGUGAGUUUGCCGCUCUCGCUGGUGUAGUGUUGUACGAGAAUGAGCUGACCGACGCCGCAGAUACCGUAUAUUUCCCUCGCGCGACCAUUUUCCGCUGUCCACCACGGCACCUGUCGGCAGAGGUGAUCGACGGCCUGGCCAGGACGGUCGCCAACAGCAUGCCGCAGUGCCGCACCAUCGAAUUCGUGGACACAGAGACGCACCUUGACGCGGCGAAGAAUGCUGUGGUGUUCCUGAAGGCGCUCAAGAGGCACAUGGCCACAGGGGAGGGACAGGGGGGCAGUAGCAGCGGCAGUGAGGGGGAGAGGCGACUGUCGGUGAAGAUCGAGGUGUCGGCGGGUUGCAUCUCAGAUCGUAGCCGGCCGCUGCAGGGGUGGACGAGCCACGACCUGCCGGCCAUCGACGACGUGCAUCUCGAUGUGAAGGGUAAACGGGAGUGGAAUGGGCAGACCGACUGAGCAAUUCCUCGCGUCACAUUUGGCUGCCUGCAUUGGUGUGGCUGUGCAGGCGGCUUGCCAGCUGGCGCGACGGAGGAGGUGCUCAACGGCUCGCUCAUGGCGUCGCUCGCUGGCAUCAUGUCGCGACCCGGUGUGCGCAAGGCGUCCGCGUCGCUUCACCGCCCAUCUCUCCGUCAGGGCGUGCGGCGGCUCUUCAACACGCAGCUGGCGGGGCUCAGCCUGCUGGGCGCACCGAACACCAUCACCAUGGGGCACCACAUCUUCACCAGCACCAUCACCGUUGCCAGACGCACAUGAUUGCUACACACCUACCGGUGAGAGUGGAAUUGGCGUGACAGACAGAAAGAGCAGGUGUGGGCAGUGACCUGAUCGGCUUCUGCGUGUGUGUGUGUGUUUGUCUUUAGGUAGCCGUAGAUAUUGACAGCCAGCUCCUCGGCUGAUGGUUGGAGUGUUGGUGGCUGUGGGCGGGGCGGAGGGACACACAGCCGAUGGGAUCUAGCCGUUAAUCGAUGGACGGAGACUAGUGGAUGGAUGGACGAGUGUGUAUGACUGACGGCCGGAAACGAGAUGAGUCCGUGUGCAUGUGUGUGUCAUUCUUGUGAAUCCAUGUCUAUGUGUGUCGGGUCCGUCACUCAGCUGCUGGCCACCUGCAUACACGUCAUCAUCUCAGGCCAGGCCGAUGUCAGAAGUGUCGGUUUCAUCUAGGUGCCACACUUCAACCAUCGAAAACAACGCGUGUGCACAUACUGCCCCCCCUGUGGUCCCGUCAGACAGAGCAGGAUUGAAUGCCGACAAAGACAUCCACGUGCAGGAUUGAAU